CUCAUCCCUGUUAAGAGUGAUGGACUCCCGCUUCAGCCAAUCGCAUCCCGUCCCUGUCCCGGAGCCGGCCAAUAGCAGCUCUCAGAGGGAGGUGGAACUUGCUCUACAGCUCUGGCUCUGUAGCAUCCAUGUAGCUGCUUCUGCCUGUUGAAGAACAGAACAGGAGAACAAGAGAGGAGGAAUAAAGGAAUGGGAGGACGAGCGGAGGGAUACAGAGCGAGGGAAGAGGUGCGAGUUAGAUGAUCUGGGGGAGCUGCCGGAGGGAGAAAGCGAGGGAACGGUGGCAAACGACUGAAUCCUCUGGGGGAAAGGCUGUUGUUUGCUGCUCAAAUUGACAACAGCUGAGCUCUUCCUCCCCCCUGCUGUGGAGAAAAGAAGGAGGAGGAGGAGGAGGAGGAGGAGGGAGACAGUCUCUAUUUUUCUCUCUUUUUUCCAUCUCCUGCUUGGAUAUCUCUCUCUCUUUAUCUCUUUUUCAGUGCUCAUCCUGCUCAUCCUCAGCUCCGGCUGCAUUAUUCUCCAUGAUAAGGAGUUCAUGAAAACCACGACAAAGAUCAUGGCAGAGGACUGACCCAACCGUGGUCAACGGCCUAAAAAACUUCUCUCUUCUAGUGCACUUCUAGUCAAUCCAAUCCGCAGCCAUGUCUCUGACUACACUCAAACCUGAUUUUUUCAGCCCAGCCUCAGUCCCGGCGUCCGUCCCCUUCCCCCUCAUCAUCAGCACCGUGGAGAGCAGGACAGAGCAGCCCAACACCACGUCCAGAACCACCCUCUACCCGGCCACAGUCACGGCCAACGAGACCGGCUUCAACUCCACACAGCUGCCCAUGGCGUCGGUGGAGGGCGCCGGGAUGAGCAUGGUCCUGCUGCCGUUCAGCAUCAUCACAGUCAUCGGGUUGGCCGUUGUUGUGCUGCUGUACAUAAGGAAAAAGAAGAGGCUGGAGAAGCUCAGGCACCAGCUCAUGCCCAUGUAUAAUUUUGACCCGGCUGAGGAGCAGGACGACCUGGAGCAGGAGCUUUUAGAUCACGGCCGAGACGGUAGCCCAGCGGGGCCAAACUCCAAAACUCUAACAACGAGUCAGAGCACCACGCAAAGGCCGAGUCGACUGGUCUUCACGGACGUCGCUGAUGCUAUAAAUGCAUGACAACACUCCUGCUGCUUGAAGGAGAACUUAGGGAACAUGUUCAGGAGCUUGACUGAUACUGGAGACAAUGGGAAUUUACCGGCGCCAAGAAAACAUUACCAUGCUAAUAACUGGGAAAAGCGUUACGUUAUCUGUAGACUCUGCAAAUAAGGGAUAAAAAUGCUUUCUAUCGCAAUAUGUGUUGCACUGAGGUUUAGAAAACAAGGACGCCUAUAUGGCUGCGUUCACAUUACAAGUCACAUUGCUCAAAUCGGGUUUUUUGCUCAGAUCAGAUUUGGCUAUCCUGAUGGUUCACAUUCACAAAUGUAAGUGAUCUGUAUCUGUGUGUAAUGUGAACAAAUCUGUCCCUCGUAGCUUUAUAAAGGGAAAUGGAUGAGUUAUCAGCUCAUAUGGAGAGUAAACAGCUGGUCUGAAGUACAUGCUCAGCUCCAGAAGGUGAAAAAAGUCCAAGCGGUUUGCUUUUGCUGUUUUUUUGCAGCUAUAGCUGCACAGCUGCAUCAAGAGAUGCAGUGUGGGUACAAGAGAGAAGCAUGUAGCGCUAACGCUAAUGCUAAUGCUAAUUCAUAAAAGCAAAAAGAUGCAUGAAUUCCGAUUUGACAUCCACAUAUGAAAAUGUCCCAAAAUUGAUUAAAAAAAAAAAAAAAACGGAUUUGGCAUGUUUACACAGCCAUGCAAAAAUCUAAUCUGAACAACACAUUGAGCAAAAAAAAAAUCUGAUUUGAGUCACUUCAGCCUGGCAAUGUGAACGUAGCCUAAGUAAGCACUAAUCCUGAUUAGUGAUAGUGAUAAUCAAUGGAUUUAAUUUAUAAUCGACUCAUCGAUGCUGGUUUAUUUACUAUAUGUACACAGACACAAAGCCAUUUGUUACUCUUGUUCUCACUGGUUGUCUCCCAUCCUUGUUUGUUCAUGGGUUUCUAGUUGCAUGCAUCGUUAGAUACCUCAUGUUCUUCGUGAAACGUGAUUGGUUGGUGUUGGAAGGAUAGCUGCACUUAGUAAUUCCAUUCCAUUGUGUGAUUCUUCACUUUGUCUCCUUGUUAUACUUUUGGUGUUUCUUCUUCUUUCAUAGACAUUCUGCGAUCAUUCAGUGAGGAUUGCUUUGUCUGAUCACUGAAGGGUUUUCUAAUCCCUUUUUUUAAACAUUUAAAAGGGAAUUUGCAGGUUUGGUUGUCUUACAAUCAAGUGAACUUUUUUUAUAGAACUUUAUUUCAAUUUUUUCCCCAUUUUCUCACAGUUUAGCUCAGCCAAUUGUAACACCCAUUCAGCUGUUUAUCCCCGUUCACUAGUGAGUCAGACGCCGCCUCUUUUUGAACUGCUGCUAAUGCAGCAUUGCCGAGUAGCAUCACAGCGCUAACGCUCGGAGGAAAGCGCAGCAACUCGGUUCUGAUACAUCAGCUCACAGACGCAGCCUUGUGCUGUUCCACAUCACCCUAGGAGUGAUGAGAGGAAAAACCACCACUGACAUCACCACCACCACCAUCACCACUCAAACCACAGCCUAAAGAAAUCUUUAAAUACCAUUUGGCCCUGUUCAUCAGCAAAUCCUAACAAAACUUUUUAUUAUUUCCUUUAAAAAUGAAUUUGCUUGCCCAGUUUUAACUAAGACUCUGAUGUUCACCAGGGUUUUCUUAUUUGGUAUUGGCUAAGAAUCUUUGGUUUGUUAAACUUUUUUCUACAAACAAAUGUUACAGUGGAUCAACACCAGCAGAUGACAGACAUGUCUCUCCAAACCAUCACUGAUUGGUGGAAACUUCACACUAGACCUCGAGCAGUUUGGACUGUGUGUCUCUCCACUCUUCCUCCAGACUCUGCUCCCUUGAUUUACAAAUGAAAUGUAAAAUGUACUGAUGAUCAGUGAUGGUUUGGAGAGUCAUGUCUGUCAUCUGCUGGUGUUGAUCCACUGUGUUUUAUUAUCAAGUCUAAAGUCAGUGCAGUUUUAUUUUCCCACAAAAUCUUACAGCACUUCAUGCUUCCCUCUGCCGAUAACAACUUUUAUGGAGAUGUGGAUUUCAUUUUCCAGCAGGAUUUGGCACACUGCCCACACUGCCAAACGCACCAAUCGUUCUUAUAUAAUAUUCUAAUUUACUGAAAUAAAGUACAUUUUCAAUUAACCUGAUGUAACUUUUUGUUAGGGUUUUUAUCUUAGGAUUGUACUGGUGAACGAGGCCCAAUGAUUGUAAUGCUUUUGCAAUGUCAUUAAGAUCCUUCAAAAACACAAUUUUUUUUUUUAAGUGAUAUAUAUAUAUAUUUUUAAAUAUCUACGUUUGAAUCCAAUCACAAUCCAAGAGCCCUUUGAGGAAUGCAGUAUUUGUAUUUAUAUGGUUUUUAUUUGUCAUUUUCUUUUGCUAUUUCAACACUUUUUUAUGGACAACCUUCAGAAAAACGAAGACAAAAAUGAUGAUGAUAAUAAGAGGGCGAUGAAGCCGAGCAGUUAACGUUAAACUCAAAGAAAACUUCACUGACUGAGAUCUGAAGAGCUCAGCUUCCUCAGAGCAGCUUCUGCGUUCACUGAGAAACUGCGUCAGCACCGGUCUUUGAGCAGACGAGCAAGAAUUUCACUGUAAUUCACUGUUUAACAAUCCGUCUCUAGUGAGCGACGCUACAGGUGAAAUCAAAGUGCCGGUGCUGUGUGGGAAGACGGGACUUCCACGACUGUUUAUCAAACAAUGCCAUAGCGACAGACUGCCAUUAAAACCCUUCUGGAGCUGAAUUUCCACUCGGAGGAAAUGUUUAGGAAUGCUCUGGGUCAAGGAGAACGUCCGUCCGAAGACUUUGGAGGACGGAGGGAUGUGGAAAUGGAGAGCGAUAGAAGUCUGUUUUUCUCCGUCUGUUUCUAAUAGAUCCUUCUCCAUGGUGUGCUUCCGUCUCUCACUAUUCCAAAGCGUGUGCACUGUGAUCGCCUGCUUCCCUGCACUGUCAGCGAUGACGUGCAAACCGGACGGUGUUCAGAAGAGCGUAGGACAGUUUCGAAACUGAUCUGAGAAAUGUAUGGCGUCACAUCAAUGUCAAAAGUCGAGGGAGCAAAAAUACCAGGUGAAAAAAAGUAACCAGCGUGUUUUAACAUUUUGCGUGUGUAAAUUAACUUCUCGUGAGCACAAAUGUGAAACUAAUGAGUAAAAAAAAGGGAAUCAUGUGCGAGCUGAACAGAAUAUCGCUCUUGAGCUUCAUUUUUCUCCUCUCAUUUUUUCCUCAUGCGCUGUGUGAAUUACCUGCAGUAGCAGUUUGUGCUCGACUCAAGUUUUGAAAGGGGUGGUUUUGACAGUUUGGGGGCGGGGUCAGGGUCGCCUCCCUGAGCGAAUGCUAUUGGCUGAUACCUCCACAAGCCGGAGGAGGGCAGAGAAAGAAGGACAGCAGGAGAGUUAGCUAGCUGGCUAUGCUAACAUCCGCUCUCCGGCUCUGUCUGUCCGGCUUCAGUGCUUAUAGCGACCGGUGCUGUUCACCGGGGAGCCGGUCGCUCCAGGCGCUAACCCGGGCAGACAGCGCCGGAGAGCGGGUUGUUUGAAUGUUAGCAUAGCCAGUUAGCCAUCCUCCUCCGGCUCGUGGAGGUAGGUGGUCCAUCACAAACCCUGGAGAUAUCAGCCAAUAGCGUUCACUGAGGAAGGUGACUAUGACUCCACCCACAAACUGUCAAAACCACCCCUUUCAAAACUGAGUCGAGCACAAACUGCUGCUGCACGUAAUUCACACAGCGAGUGAGGAAAACUUUUUUCACCUUGUAUUUUUGACAUUGAUGUGACGCCAUAGAAAUGGUUGUAAUAAAGGAAUAAGAAAAGUGCGUUUACUUUUGUGUAAAAAAGUAUGAGUGUGUGUAUGUGUGUAUGAACAUUCUACCCCCUUUCCAUCACUUUCCAAACCAGCAAAAAUGAUUAUAUCAACUUUUUUUCCACGCCCACUUUUCCAAGUGUGUCAAUAUGACUGAAAAUAAUAAAAACUAAAUAUGUGGACUGUU